AUGCCCUUGCCCAGGAUGGCCAUUUUGCACAUGGAGAAACUGAGUGUUGAGAUAAGUGGACUCUUCCAAAGUUAUGUGCUCACAGCAUCCAUCAAGCAUCAUGGGCAGCUUGCUCGGCUUCUCUUGGUUACCCCGGGAAUAAAUGAGGGACUGCCUGCAGAGCACUUAGCCCUGGGCCUGGCCUGCCUAGACAAGUACUCAUUUUUAGCUCAACUCACUUGUAGGAUCUGCCAUGGAGUCCUUUCAGACAUCAUCGUACAUUUCAACCCUUCUGUUCUGAUGCCCAUGUGCCCCUCUGGGCGGAGUGCUGUUGCCCGCAGCCCUGCUGAAGACUUGUGGAUUCAGGCUAAAGAGCUAGUGAGAAGCUUGAAAGAGCACCCGCAACUUGACUUUCAACAUGACUGGAAACUUAUCAACGUGUUCUUCAGCAACACAAGCCAGUGUCACCUGUGUCCCUCUGCUCAGCAGAAAAGGUACCUGAUGCGACGCAUGGACAAGCUGAAUGGGAUACUGGACUACCUGCGCCAGGAGGUACCCAGAGCAUUUGUGAACCUGGUGGAGCUCCCUGAGAUUGUGACUGUGUCUCACUGGCAUCAAGGGACUGGGUUCAGCACCCUCGCAUCGGGCCUCUGCAACUGCUCACGAGAGACCUCGAAGCUCUCCCAGGCUGUCAUGCAGUGGUCCUAUCAGGAAGCCUGGGAGGGGCUUCUGGCUGCCAGCAGGCUCAACAACCAGGAGUCCUUCGCGGUGGUUGUCCAGCCUUUCUUCUAUGAGCUGUCACCCUCGGAGAGGCCUUUGCCCCAGGAUUCCACCACACUUGCCCUCAGUCUCUGGAACAGUAUGAUGGAGCCGGCUGGCCACAAAAAUGAGCUAUUGAGUGCCACAGAGAAGAAGACAAUGAAAUGCCCCUCAUGGGAGAGCCCCUAUCUAUUCACCUAUAAGAACAGCAACUACCGAAGCAAACUGCUGAAACCUUCGGGCAAGGCUGAGAUAAGAGAAGGGGCGGAAUUCACUUGUCCUGAAAAGGACCCCUCGGACAUGAUUCCCACAACAGUUCACAGGCUGAAGCCAGCUGACAUCAAGGUCAUUGGAGCCUUGGGCGACUCUCUCACAGCAGGCAAUGGGGCCGGCUCUAAGCCUGGGAACAUCUUGGACGUCUUGACACAGUAUCGAGGCCUGUCCUGGAGCGUCGGGGGAGACCACAGCAUCCGGACCGUGACCACCCUGGCCAACAUUCUCCGAGAAUUCAACCCUUCCUUGAAAGGCUUCUCUGUUGGUACCGGAAGAGAACACUCUCCUCAGGCUGCCUUGAACCAGGCAGUGGCGGGAGCCACAUCUUGGAGCCUAGCUGCCCAGGCCAGGAAGCUGGUGAGCCUGAUGAAGUCUGACCAGGCAAUCCAUUUUGAGGAGGACUGGAAGCUAAUCACCAUGUUUAUAGGAGGCAAUGACCUCUGUGAUUCCUGCAAUAACCCGGUCCACUUCUCUCCCCAGAACUUCACGAACAACAUCAAGGCAGCCCUGGACAUCCUCCAUGCCGAGGUGCCCAGGGCCUUUGUGAACCUGGUUCAGGCCAUCGAGAUCAUCGGUCUGAGGGAGCUGUAUAAGGAACCUCAAGUCAGCUGCCCACGGCUAAUCCUCAGGAAUCUGUGCUCCUGUGUCCUGAAGCUUGAUGAUAACUCAACAGAACUUGCCGCCCUCAUAGAAAGGAACAGGAAAUACCAGGAGGGGACUCAAGCCUUGGUUGAAACGAGGCGGUACGACACGAGGGGCGAUUUCACUGUGGUUGUCCAACCAUUCUUUGAAAAAGUGAACAUGCCACGGACCCCGGAGGGCUUGCCGGACAGCUCUUUCUUCGCCCCUGACUGUUUCCAUUUUAGUGCCAAGGCUCAUGCCCAUUCCGCCAGCGCACUCUGGAAGAACAUGCUGGAACCCGUUGGCCAGAAGACAAGACAGCAUAAUUUUGAAAACAAGGUCCAUAUCGUGUGCCCGAACCAGGUAGAGCCGUUUCUGAGCACUCACAAGAACAGCCAGCAGGGCCAUGGAACUUGGAUGCUAUGCAAAGAGAAAGCCCCUUCUGCCUUGCCCCCAGCCUCAGUGCAUGCCCUGAGACCAGCUGAUAUCCAAGUUGUGGCGGCUCUGGGGGACUCGCUGACUGCUGGCAAUGGAAUUGGCUCCCAAGAAGGUGACUUUCUUGAUGUCCGUACGCAGUAUCGAGGACUGUCAUAUAGUGGCGGCGGGGACGAGUACUUGGAGACGGUGACCACCUUCCCCAAUAUCCUCCGGGAAUUUAAUGGAAAUCUCACAGGCUAUGCUGUGGGCAUUGGUGACGCCAAUUCCACGAAUGCAUUCCUUAACCAAGCUGUUCCUGGAGCAAAGGCUGGGGAACUCACAAGCCAAGUCCAAGCUCUGGUGCACAGGAUGAAAACUGACAGUAGAGUGAAUUUCCACCAAGACUGGAAGGUCAUCACAGUGAUGAUUGGAGGCAGUGACCUGUGUGACUUCUGCUUGGACUCGAAUCUGUAUUCUGCAGCCAACUUUUUUGAACAUCUUCGCAAUGCCUUGGACACCCUACACAGAGAGGUGCCCAGAGCCCUGGUCAACCUGGUGGACUUCAUGAACCCCAGUGUCGUGCGGCAGGUGUUUCUGAAGAACCCAGACAAGUGCCCGGUGCAGGAUGCCAGUGCCCUGUGCAACUGUGUUCUGACCCCGAGGGACAACUCCCCCGAGCUGGCCAGGCUGGAAGCCUUCACCCGAGCCUACCAGAGCAGCUUGCUGCAGCUGGUGGAGUCGGGCCGCUACGACACCCAGGAAGACUUCUCGGUGGUGCUCCAGCCCUUCUUCCUCAACGUCCAGCUUCCCAUCCUGAAGGAUGGGCGUCCAGAUACGUCCUUCUUUGCCCCAGACUGUAUCCACCCAAGUCAGAAAUUCCACUCCCAGCUCUCUAGAGCCCUUUGGCGCAAUAUGCUUGAACCACUGGGAAGGAAGACGGACACUUUGGACCUGGCCGCGACCAUAACCAUGCCCUGUCCUACCCAGGAUGAGCCCUUCCUGAGAACUUUCCGGAACAGUAACUAUUCAUACCCCACCAAGCCAACUAUUGAGAACUGGGGCAGUGACCUCCUGUGCAUGGAGCGGAAUCCUUCUGAUAGCAUUCCCACCUCAGUCCAUGAGCUCCGGCCAGCAGACAUCAAGGUGGUGGCGGCCCUGGGCGACUCUCUGACUACAGCCACAGGAGCUCGACCAGGCAAUUCCACGCACACGCCAUGGAGGGGGCUCUCCUGGAGCAUCGGAGGAGAUGGGGUGUUGGAGACCCACACUACGCUGCCCAAUAUUCUGAAGAAGUUCAACCCUUCUAUCCUUGGAUUCUCCAUUGGUACUGGGGAGAAGACAGCGGGAUUAAAUGUGGCAGUGGAAGGGGCCAGAGCUCGGGAUAUGCCAGCUCAGGCCCACGACCUGGUAAAGCGGAUUAAAGACAGCCCUAAGAUCAACCUGGAGGAGGACUGGAAGCUGGUCACACUCUUCAUUGGGACUGCCGACUUGUGUCAUUACUGCGAGAAUCCGUCCGACAGCUUGCCUGAGGAGUACAUCCAGCACAUCCAGAAGGCCCUGCACAUCCUCUACACGGAGCUUCCCAGAACUUUUGUCAACGUGGUGGAAGUCAUGGAGCUGGCUGGCCUGCACCAGGGCCAAGGCGGGAAAUGUGCUAUGCCACUGGCAGUUCAGAGCAACUGCAGCUGCCUUAAACAUGCUGAAAACUCCCUGGCCAUGCAAGAUCUGAAGAAAAUGAACUGGAACCUCCAGAGUGGCAUCUCCAGCUCUUCCCACUGGCACCAGUACAUGCAACGGGAUGACUUUGCGAUGGUGGUGCAGCCUUUCUUCCACAACACUCUUGCCCCACUGGACGAGCGAGGGGUCACAGACCUCACCUUCUUCUCUGAGGACUGUUCUCACUUCUCAGAACGUGGGCAAGCUGAGAUGGCCAUCGCCCUCUGGAACAACAUGCUAGAACCAGUGGGCCAGAAGACAACCUCCAAUAACUUCACCUACAGCCGAACCAAACUCAAGUGUCCCUCAGCCGAGAGCCCUUUCCUCUACACUCUUCAGAAUAGUCUCCCAAGCCAGGCUGAAGUAUCAUCCAAGGCUCUCUACUGGGCAGUGCCAGUGACAGCAGUAGGUGGCCUGGUAGUUGGUGUCCUCGCCAUGAUGGUAUGGACAGCCAUAAGACACCGCCAGAAGGAUGACCUUUCAGUGAGCAUGAAAACUACCAGCUUCUAGGAGCCCUGGAUGGAUCUCCAUGCAAACUCUCAGCCACUCCUCACAAAACCCUCAACUGCCACAGCCCUGGCACCACACCCAGCCGCACUUCCAUACGUGGGGCCAUCAGAAGCCUGCUUGCUCAGGGCCCAAGCUUCUUCUAGGUCUGUUCUCCUGGAACUGGCCGAUUUCAAUAAAGGCCGGGGCCUCCACUGAACAGCCGGUCUGUUCCCGACUCAGCCUGCUCACAAGCCCGUGCCCUCCACCUGCUGAGAGCACAGGUGUGGGAGCCAGAGCUGCCCGCAUUGCCCGCGUCUUGUCUCAGAGCUUCCCGAGGGCCAAGGGCCUGAAUCCAGGCUGCUCCUGUCCAGCUCCACCUCCACCCCAAGACAUGCACACCCUCACUCACCAAAGCUGUGCUUUCAAAAAAGAGGAAAAGUCCCUGGUCACCCAGCGGCGGUGGCUGGAAUCUGGAGCUGACUGGCCACUGCUCAACCCAACACAUAGGUGUGUGUUCGGCACUUGUUCCGCUUUGUGUGCAGGACAAUGGAGAGCCUUUGACGCCUCUCAGGCUGUGCUGGCUGAGAAACAAACUCUCUCAAAGGACAAGAGGCUCCAUGACCAAGUGUAAUUGAACACCGGGGCGUCUGUAGGUGUGUGCCUGAGAUGUACGGCUGCUUUAGAGACUGUGCGAGGUAGCUCAGGAAAAGCUGCUCUGGAAGAGAGCGUGUCGUUUUGAUAAAACAUUUUGGAAGAAAAACAUAUGAUUGAAAAAUGAAUAUAUCAUGUCCUCAGCCUGACU